AUGACAGGGGUGGAUCUGGAAAAAUGCAAGCGGAUUGUUCAAUACUUCUGGGAUCCAGAGCCCCAGAAUGACGCCGCACCAGCGGUCGCCAUCUGGUGUCUCGGCCAACAAUAUACCCCCGCACAGGCAAUGAAAUCGCCAGAACCAAGAUCUCCAGAUGAGACCAGCAAAGCCGCAGCAGCAGACAAGGGUCACGACACAGGCAGUGCCUGGCCCGAAGCCUUCCUUGCGGACUUUGAGUCGCGUAUAUGGAUGACAUAUCGCUCCCAUUUUCCACCCAUCCCGCGCAGUACCAAACCGCAAGCGACCUCGUCGAUGACGCUGGGCGUCCGCUUGCGCAGUCAGUUGAUGGAUCCACAGGGCUUCACGUCCGACACGGGAUGGGGUUACUGGCGGAGAGGUAGCAAGGGCGAGGACGAAUCCAAACUGCUGGCACUGUUUGCGGAUCACCCUGAUGCUCCCUUCUCAAUCCAUCGCUUUGUCCAGUGUGGUGCCGAGUCCUGUGACAAGUAUCCCGGAGAAUGGUUUGGGCCAUCCGCCACGGCCCGAUGUAUCCAGACGCUUCUGAGCUCACGAGAUCCGCCAUUGCUUCGAGUGUAUGUGACCAAGGAUACGUCGGAUGUAUAUGAGGACCAGUUCAUUCGAAUUGCCAGUGAUCAGAACGGGUCAAUACAACCGACCUUGAUUCUCAUGGGGGUUCGAUUCGGUAUUGAUCAUGUCACGUCGGUCUAUUGGGAAGGACUACAAGCCGCGCUGCAAUAUCCACAGUCUGUUGGAAUCGCUGGCGGCCGCCCGUCCGCAUCACACUACUUUGUGGGCGUGCAAGACUCCCAUCUCUUCUUCCUCGAUCCGCAUUUCACCCGUCCAGCCCUACCGUAUCGACCUGGGGGCGGAUAUAGCGCGGAGGAACUGGAUAGGUGCCAUACCCGUCGACUGCGGCGCAUCCACAUUAAGGAUAUGGAUCCCAGCAUGCUGAUCGGAUUCCUGAUCAAGGAUGAUGCAGAUUGGGUGGACUGGAAGAAUCGCCUGCAGUCCACGCCGGGCAAUCCGAUUGUCCAAUUGACCACGGAGGAGCCUCCUAUGCAUGCUGUUCAUGGUCGGAUGGAGGCGCUGGAUGAAGUCGAGGUGCUAGAUGACAGUGAUUCCGGCUCUGAAGUGCUGGUGUAA